AUGCAGCGGGGCGCCGCGCUGUGCCUGCGCCUGUGGCUCUGCCUCGGACUGUUCGACAGCGAGCGCGGCCUGGCGAGUGGCUACUCCAUGGCCCCCCCGACCCUGAACAUCACAGAGGAGACGCACGUCAUCGACUCCAGUGACAGCCUGUCCAUCUCCUGCAGGGGGCAGCACCCGCUCCAGUGGGACUGGCCGGCCACUGGGAAAGGGGCUCAGGAAGCACCCGCCACGGGGGAAAAGGACAGCGAAGACACGGGCUUUGUUCAAGACUGCGAGGGCACGGAUGCCAAGCCCUACUGCAAGGUGCUGCUGCUUCCCGAGGCCCAUGCCAACGACACGGGCAGCUACAGCUGCCACUACAAGUACAUCAAGGCCCGCGUUGAGGGCGCCACGGUGGCCAGCACCUACGUGUUCGUGAGAGACUCAAAGCAGCCGUUCAUCAACAAGCCAGCCACACUCCUGGUCAAAAAGAAGGACUCCAUGUGGGUGCCCUGCCUGGUGUCCAGCCCCGGCCUCAACGUCACCCUGCGCUCGCAAAGCUCGGUGCUGCGGCCCGACGGGCAGGACGUGGUGUGGGACGACCGCCGGGGCAUGCGGGUGCCCACGGCGCUGCUGCGCGACGCCCUGUACCUGCAGUGCGAGACCACCUGGGGCGGCCAGGCCUUCCUCUCCAACCCCUUCAUCGUGCACAUCACAGGCAACGAGCUCUAUGACAUCCAGCUGUUCCCCAAAAAGUCGACGGAGCUGCUAAUUGGGGAGAAGCUGGUCUUGAACUGCACCGUGUGGGCCGAGUUCAACUCCGGCGUCACCUUCGACUGGGACUACCCGGGGAAGCAGGCCGAGCGCGGGAAGUGGGUGCCAGAGCGACGCUCCCAGCAGACUCACACGGAGCUCUCCAGCAUCCUGACCAUCCACAACGCCAGCCGGCACGACCUAGGCACCUACACCUGCAAGGCCAACAAUGGCAUCCACCCGUUCCAGGACAGCACUGAGGUCAUCGUGCAUGAAAAGCCCUUCAUCAGCGUUGAGUGGCUCAAGGGUCCCACCGUGGAAGCCACGGCCGGAGACACGCUGGUGAAACUGCCCGUGAAGCUGGCAGCGUACCCCCCGCCGGAGUUCCAAUGGUACAAGGACAGGAAGGCUGUGUCGGGGCGCCACAGCCCACAUGCCUUGGUGCUCAAGGAGGUGACCGAGGCCAGCGCCGGCAUCUACACCCUCGCCCUGUGGAACUCUGUGGCUGGCCUGAGGCGCAACAUCAGCCUGGAGCUGGUGGUGAACGUGCCCCCCAACAUCCAUGAGAAGGAGGCUUCCUCCCCGAGCAUCUACUCCCACCACAGUCGCCAGGCCCUCACCUGUACUGCCUACGGGGUGCCCCCUCCUCUCAGCGUCCAGUGGCACUGGCGGCCGUGGACGCCCUGCAAGACCUUCGCCCAGCGCAGCCUCAGCCGGCGGCGACAGCGGGACCACAUGCUACAGUGCCGGGACUGGACGGGGGUGACCACGCAGGACGCUGUGAACCCCAUUGAGAGCCUAGACACCUGGACCGAGUUUGUGGAGGGGAAGAACAAGACGGUGAGCAAGCUGGUGAUCCAGGACGCCAACGUGUCCGCCAUGUACAAGUGCGUGGUCUUCAACAAGGUGGGCCAGGACGAGCGGCUCAUCUACUUCUACGUGACCACCAUCCCCGACGGCUUCAGCAUUGAAUCGGAGCCGUCGGAAGAGCCCAUAGAGGGCCAGGCCGUGCGCCUGAGCUGCCAGGCGGACAACUACACGUAUGAGCACCUGCGUUGGUACCGCCUCAACCUGUCCACGCUGCAUGACGCACACGGGAACCCACUGAUGCUCGACUGCAAGAACGUGCACCUGUUCGCCACGCCGCUGGCCGCCAGCCUGGAGCAGGCAGCGCCCGGGGCGCGCCACGCCACGCUCAGUCUGACCAUCCCCCACGUGGCGCCUGAGCACGAGGGCGACUACGUGUGCGAGGUGCAGGACCGCCACAGCCAGGACAAGCACUGCCACAAGAAGUACCUGUCGGUGCAGGCCCUGGAAGCCCCGCGGCUUACACAGAACUUGACGGACCUCCUGGUGAACGUGAGCGACUCCUUGGAGAUGCGGUGCCCGGUGGCUGGGACGCAUGUGCCCAGCAUCUUGUGGUACAAAGACGAGAGGCUGCUGGAGGAAGAGUCCGGGAUCGACCUGGCGGACUCGAACCAGAGGCUGAGCAUCCAGCGCGUGCGCGAGGAGGACGCGGGCCGCUACCUGUGCAGCGUGUGCAACGCCAAGGGUUGCGUCAACUCUUCUGCCAGCGUGGCUGUGGAAGGCUCCGAGGAUAAAGGCAGCAUGGAGAUCGUGAUCCUUGUGGGCACCGGGGUCAUCGCCGUCUUCUUCUGGGUCCUCCUCCUUGUCAUUUUCUGUAAUAUGAGGAGGCCAGCCCACGCAGAUAUCAAGACCGGCUACCUGUCCAUCAUCAUGGACCCCGGGGAGGUGCCCCUGGAGGAGCAGUGUGAAUACUUACCCUACGAUGCCAGCCAGUGGGAGUUCCCCCGGGAUCGGCUGCACCUUGGGAGGGUCCUGGGCCACGGGGCCUUCGGGAAGGUGGUGGAAGCCUCUGCUUUUGGAAUCAACAAGGGCAGCAGCUGUGACACCGUGGCCGUGAAAAUGCUGAAAGAGGGCGCCACAGCCAGCGAGCACCGCGCCCUGAUGUCGGAGCUCAAGAUCCUAAUCCACAUCGGUAACCACCUCAACGUGGUCAACCUCCUGGGGGCGUGCACCAAGCCUAACGGGCCCCUCAUGGUGAUCGUAGAGUUCUGCAAAUACGGCAACCUCUCCAACUUUUUGCGGGCCAAGAGGGAGGCCUUUAGCCCCUACGCGGAGAAAUCCUCCGAGCAGCGAAGGCGCUUCCGCGCCAUGGUGGAGGGCGCGCGGGCCGACCGCAGGCUGCCCGGGAGCGGUGAAAGGGCGCUCUUUGCGAGGCUGCUGCCGGGCAAGGGCAGGGCGGAGCGGCCCCCUCCGGCCCCCGACGCCGAGGACCUGUGGCUGAGCCCGCUGACCAUGGAAGACCUUGUCUGCUACAGUUUCCAGGUGGCCCGAGGCAUGGAGUUCCUGGCCUCCCGCAAGUGCAUCCACAGAGACCUGGCUGCUCGGAACAUCCUGCUGUCAGAAAGCGAUGUGGUAAAGAUCUGUGACUUCGGCCUGGCCCGGGACAUCUACAAGGACCCUGACUACGUGCGCAAGGGCAGCGCCCGGCUGCCCCUGAAGUGGAUGGCGCCCGAGAGCAUCUUCGACAAGGUGUACACCACGCAGAGCGACGUGUGGUCCUUCGGGGUGCUGCUCUGGGAGAUCUUCUCCUUGGGAGCCUCCCCGUACCCUGGGGUGCAGAUCAACGAGGAGUUCUGCCAGCAGCUGAAAGAGGGCACCCGGAUGAGGGCCCCAGAACUGGCCACUCCGGCCAUACGCCGCAUCAUGCUGAGCUGCUGGUCUGGAGACCCCAAAGAGAGGCCUGCCUUCUCGGAGCUGGUGGAGAUGCUGGGGGACCUGCUGCUGGGCGGGGGCCCGCAGGAGGAGGAAGCGGAGGACGGUGUGGCGCCCGGCGGCCUGAGCCUUGAGGAAGGCGGCUUCCUGCAGGCGUCCACCACGGCCCUGCACGUUGCGAAGGCCGACGCCAUUGAGGAGGGCAGCUGGCCGAGCCUGUACCGGCACAGCGUGGCCGCCAGAUACUACAAUUGUGUGACUUUUCCCGGGAGCCUGGCCAGAGGGACUCAGACCCAGGGUCCCUCCAGGAUGAAAACGUUCGAAGAAUUUCCUAUGACCCCAACAACCUACAAGGCCUCAGCAGACAGCCAGACAGACAGCGGGAUGGUGCUGGCCUCCGAGGAGCUUGAGCGGCUGGAGAGCAGGCACACAGAAGCCAGGCUCAGCUGUAAAGGACCCGGCUGGGACGCAGACGUGACGAGGGCGCACCCGGACCCCCAGGGGCGGCGGCGGCGGCCUGACCGGGCGGCACAGGGAGGCCAGGUGUUCUAUAACAGCGAGUACGGGGAGCUGGCGGGGCCGCCCGGGGAGGCCGACGGCACCCUGCUGGCCCACGCGCCCUUCUCCACCGAAAGCGGCUACUAA